UCGGAAUAUAUCGUUUGUGUUCAUGGUAACAUGUAGUUGUCUGUGAGCUUCAUUUUAGUACAACAGAUGGAGUCGGAGAACGCUACCAAACGUUCUGGAGUUCAGACUGUUCUGGACCAACUAGGGUUUGGCUGGUAUCAGGUUCGUGUCAUCAUAAUUAUUGGUAUGGCUCAAGCUACUGAUACUAUGGAAACGUUAAUUCAAGCAAUUCUUGGACCAACAUUACGCUGUGAAUGGAAUAUGAGUUCGGAUUAUGUUGCACUUCUUACUACCCUUGUGUUUUUGGGGAUAUGUAUUGGUUCCCCACCUAUUGGGUAUCUCUCAGAUAGGCUUGGACGGAAAGAUCUUAAUAUUCUAUGUUGUCUUGCUCUAAUCUACAUGACGUGGUUGUGUGCUAUUUCGCCUACUUACAUAUGGCUUGCAGUUUUACGUUUCAUCUCAGGCUUGUACAUUGGUGGUCUGCUAACUGCUGGUUGCUCGAUGAUAUCAGAAGUACUACCAGAAAGCUACCAACCUACUGGUCAACUGCUUGUUUGCUUUUUUGAUUCAUUCAUUGCUCUAUAUGUAACUGGUGUUGGCCUUGGUUGUUCGACAUCAAAACUUAGUUGGAGGUUUUUUGUACUUUUCACAACAGCACCUCUUAUAUUGUGUGCACUCGGUCUGACCUACUGUAUUCAAGAGUCACCUAUCAUUUUAGCUCAAUGGGGAAAUUAUGAAGAAUCAGCUAAAGUCUUAGACAAAAUAGCAAAAUGUAAUGACCGUAUUCCUAAUAUUAUAGAUAAGGAAAAUACAUAUUCAUCAAAACCUUAUAGUUUCUCCAAUUAUUUAUCAAUUAUUGACGAAAAACAGAAUGCACAUACAACUCCUACAUUUAAAAAUAUUAUGAAAUUUAUUUACAAUAAUUAUGCGAUUGCAACUCCUUUAUUAAUCGCUAUUAAUUUUAUCUGGGGAAUGAUUAUAUAUGGUGCUACUACACUUCUUCCAGUUGAGCUACCAUCAUUACCAAGAACAUGUUUACAGUCUAUUUAUAAAGGUUUGACAGAAGUUCCACAUGAAACUUAUGAAAAUUCUGGUAUACACAAUGAAGAUUGUUGUCUCCCAUUGUUAAAAGAAGGUUAUAUCUCUUUAAUGUCAUCUAUGAUAGGAAGUGUACUCAGUUUUCCAAUAGCAUUAACUUUAAUUACAAUUAUUGGACGAAAAUGGACAAUUAACACUUGUUUCUUUUUAACAGCUUUUCUAAUAUUUAUUGAAGCUUUCUGCAUGCCGUCAAAUCUACUACGCUUCUUCUUUUUCGCAACACGAGCUGUAGCAUCCGCCGGUAAUAAUGCGACUGCAAUUUAUAUAACAGGUUUAUAUGUACCACGUAUAAGAAGUUUUGUGUUUGGUGUUAUGUCAACGUGUUUUCGUAUUGGUGUAUUAACAUCACCUUAUCUAGGGCAAGUAUUUUUACAACGAGUAUCUGCGUUAGGUGCAGUAUUGAUAUUUUCAGCUAUGGCACUUAUCGGAUUUGCAUUUAGUAUAUUUUUACCACAUGCUGGUGAUAAAUAUUUUACUUCGACAAGUAUAAGUAAAGGUGUAUUUCGUAAAAUUUUUAAAGAUAGAAAAUUGAUGAAAACUAAACAGAAUGAUGAUGGAAUGAAAUCUGUAACAAAUCCAGCUUACAGAGACGAUGAGAAAACAAUACGAACAAUAGUUGAAGAGGUUAAACGAAAGGAUAAUAAUACACCAGUUGUUUUACCAGUUCAACAUAAUUUAAAUUCAACUAGCGUUGAAGAGGUUAACAUUGUACCAAAUGAAUUAGUAGUAGUAGCAUUAACUCCAUGUAAUCCAAUCUAAUAAAUAACACUGUUAUACUAUGUGUGCAUUUACUGACUGAUAUAUAUAUACAUAAACAUAUCAAUUCAGAACUGAAGCAUUUCGUAAUGUACUGCCGCCUUUUAUCUUGUGUUUCUUUUUGUACACAAUUUUAUUAUUACUAGCUUGAUGUACACCGUCAUGGUUACUUCAAUAUAUUAAUUUUGAGCAUUGUAUUCUAUUAUGACCGCGAUAAUGAAUAUAUUUUUAUGUACAACAAUUCUUUUUGCUAUAAUUGCGAUUCUCAAGUUAAAACUAGCUGAGUCAUCUAACAAGUUAAUCGUAUGGAAUAUUUUCAACAACCUAAAGAAUUUGAUUUCUGAAUUGGCUGGGGAAUUAUUUAUAUGUGCAUACGUUUUGUGAACUAGUUAGAUUCAAAGGAAACUAUAGGUAAUAAUUAAGUAAGUUCUGUUUGUAAUUUGUUAAGACUUUAGAGGCCAUUGUCAGGAAUUUAUUACUAUUUGAACACAUAAACAUUGGUACAAGGGUGCACCCAAAUACAUAUGCGCCACACAAUAAAAAUGAGACCAGUAGCAGUUAACAUUGAUUUGUGUGAGAGCUGGGAUACUGCCCGCGGAACAAAUGUGGAGCUACUUUAAAUAAAUUGGAGGCUGAAACGUCCAAAAUGCUACAGAAGUUAAAAUCUAAACUGCGACCAGCUUUAUGUUUUUCUUUAUACCCUAAAAGCAAUAACCGUAGAUUUUAUGGCCUACCGAAAAUACAUAAAACAGAUAUCCCACUAAGACCUGUGGUUGAUAAAUUCACCAACCAAUAAUCUUUCUAGAUACCUGGCCAAAAUUCUUAAACCAUAUGAAAGCGUAAUCAAAUAUGGAAUAAAAAAUUCUAAUAAUUUCAAAAACAUUGUCAGUAAUAUCCGCAGAGAAGAGGAUGAAAUAAUGGCAGGUUUUGAUGUUUGCUAAUUGUUCACUAAUGUUACUGUUAAUAAAGCUUUAGAUAUUGUAUAUAACCUCUUAGAUUCUGACACUGAACUUAAACCUGAUCACCAGAGUCAAAAAACUUGUCACUGAACCAAAUGAUAUAAAAAUGGAAAUGAAUUUAAUUAUAUUCACUCUAAUGAUGAAUAAUUAUCCGAAGGAUUUUACUAAAAGAAUAAUCAAGAAUGAAAAACAAAAUGAUAUUAUUAAAAGAAGAGUUAAGCAAAAAGAAUGAAUCAACACAGUGGUGAUCCCAUAUCGUAAAGGUAUUUCAGAAGAGAUCAGAAGGAUUCUAACUCCUCAAAACUUAAGAGUAUUCUUUCGAACAAACAAUACUCUAAUAUCAAAACUAGUAAGAAUCAAAGAUGCAAUUCACAAGGAAGAACAACAGAAUUGUGCUUAUGAAAUCAAAUGUAAUGGCUGUAAUGCAACUUAUGUAGGUGGAACAUCAAGGCAACUGACUGUGAGGGUGAAGAAACACAAACUGUACUUAAAGCACAUUCCUAAAUCCCCAGACGAUGUAAAAAAAUUUGAGAACAAAUCAGCGAUAGCAUUACGCUCGAUAGAAUCGAGUCAUACAAUUUAUUUCAAUGGCUCAAGAAUCAUUCAGAAAGGCUUUAAUUCUUACAAAGAACGACUAACGACCGAAACCCUACAUAUAUGGGCUAAUCCAAACAGUAUUAAUAGGAGAGAUGGAAUACAACUAGCUGUCCCAUGGCAGCUAAUAAUUAGUAAGUAAACCUGAACUCCUUAUUCCAUUCUAGCUAUCUAUAUCAUAUUAACUAAUCAAUAGAUAAUUCACUCAACAGUUCAAAUCUUAUCUGAAUAUGUUAAAAAAUUGACUGGAACAUUAAAAUAACACAAACUUUCAACUACAAAGGCAUUCUUCUCUGAAUUCAGUCUUUUAUCUUGUUUAUUUAUCUUCAUUUUUUGCAUGUUGUGACAUUUUUGUUUCAUGUCAUAUAUAUGUUUUCCUAAUAUUCUACUGACCGAAGACAAUAUAUAGUGAAUGAAAUAUCCUCUUCUUACUUAUGUAUACACACAAUCCGUUAUCUUAACACUUUUCGUUUCACACCACAUAUCUCUUACACACUAAUGUAAAUACCUACUUUAAACAUUGUUAACGUUGAUUGGAUGACUUAUUCAGUAUAUAGUAAACCAGAGAACCAUGUACCUAUUUAUAUUCGAUAAUUUUGUUGUUUGAUUAUAUUUUCCUUGAAAAAGCUUGGACCAGAUUGCCAGGCAAAACGUUGGAUUUACUUCAAAUUCUUUCACUGAGAUUUUACAAAUACAGGCUUAUUUUAGCUG